CACACACCCGUUUUAUUUUCUUGUGUCUGGUUGAUUCUUUUUAUAAACAAUUUAGUUUCUUGUGUUUUUCCUUGUAAAUAAAACUAUAAAAUGAAUGCGCCACCAACAUUUGAAUCGUUUUUACUCUACGAAGGCGAGAAAAAAAUUAUCAAGGAAUUGGACACGAAGGUAACGAAUGCCGCAAUUUUCACUAUAAACAAGGAAGAUCACACAUUAGGCAACAUGAUUCGCAACCAACUGUUGAAGGAUCCAAAUGUGCUAUUUGCCGGUUAUAAGGUGCCCCAUCCGCUGGAGCACAAAUUCGUUAUUCGGAUACAGACAACGGCAGAUUAUUCACCACAGGAAGCAUUUAUGAAUGCCAUAACGGAUCUGCUUGCAGAGUUGUCGCUUUUCGAGGAGCGCUUCAAAGAUGCCAUCAAGGAGAAGAAAGAGGGCGGCGAUUAGUUGUAGUUGACUCAUUUAUUAAUUUAACAAAAAAAAACCUUGCGAAACAAUAGAAGUAUAUUUUCACUAUUUGUAUAAAUAAAUAAGAAAUAAAAAUAAAAACAAAA